CUCUCCGGCGCGGAGCAGUGAUGACUGUCCGUGUGCGACAGCGUGCUCGGCGGUUCAGCGCUCGGCGGUGGAGCCGCUGGGAGACGCAGGCCAUCACGACUUAAGUAAUGAAUCCCGCAGUGUGAAAUAAAUUGGUGUUAACGGUGAAAUGAGUCUGACGUUUGCACACUGUAAAUUGAGAAAUGAAUUCCUGACAGAACCAACACACUGAAUGAUGGAGCCUAAGCAUCAACCUGAGCUGGACCCUAAUAAAGAUGACCUGCCUUUGCGAGCCAACACUAAUCAUGUGCUGGUCAGGCACUAUGUGCUGGACUUGACUGUUGACUUCCAGAAGAAGGUCAUCGGUGGCAACAUUGUCCUGUUUCUGGAGCCUGGUAAAGGAGCUGUAUCUUUAGCAUUCUCAGAAGAUCCACACCCACAGGAUGCUGGUGAUGUGGAACAAGCCAGUUGUUUUACUUCCACGCAUGUACCUGAUGAUGCAGGACCAAACCUUGAUCAAAAAAGUGGUGUAAGUAAGCUGCCAUGGGAUGAUAUGAAUGAGGAUUUUACAUUGAUUUUGGACUGCUGUGACCUGCUGGUGUCCAAGGUGGAGGAGGUGGAUGUGUCCACUGUGCCUGAGCUUGGGGACCUUCUCAAGGGAGACACGGUGGAUCAGGACAGUCAGAAUUCAUCAUUUGUUUUAGUACAGAAGCUGAUAUCCAUUCCUUCAGACCGAUGGAGACAACAGCAUGACCUCUAUCUCCAGUGCAGCUACGCCUCUGGGGUUCAUACACAGCCACUGCUGUUCCACAUGGACCAGUGGAGUCUUCAAGUCAGAAAGAAAGGGGUUCAAUCCCCUAGCGACUUCCCUCCUUGCCUUAGGAUCUGGUAUGAGACCAAACCUACAGGAGGCUCAGUGAGGUGGACAAAAGACCAGGAUGACAGGUGCUGUGUUUACACCAUGGGCUCCCCAAUCAACAACAGAGCUCUUUUCCCAUGCCAAGAACCACCUGUUGCGAUGUCGACCUGGCAGGCGUGUGUGAAGGCCCCGUGUGAAUAUACGGUUUUGCUGAGUGGUGAAAAUCAGGCCAGUCCCAUGCCUGAGGAGACGGGUUUCUUACAAUGGGAUUAUUAUGUUACUAUGCCAAUGCCUGCCUCAACUUUUACCAUAGCAGCAGGGAAGUGGCAGGAAGCCAGGGUUCGGGUUCACAACCUUGAGGAAGGGGAAAGUGAGGAGCCCUGUGCAACAUUAACCUGCAGAGGCAUGACUUACACAGGAAGUCAACCUACAGAUCAAAGCUGUGACCGCAAAAGCUCGCAUCCCAAGUUGAUCUUUUCUGCCGAAGAAGAUGAGCAGAGCAUUUGCUCCCAUGUGGAUUAUCCAUGUCGUUUCAGGCUCAGCACCUCUAGGGCUCAGGAUGUCAUACCCCAUCGAGUGUUUGCCCCAUUCUGUCACCUGCAGAAGGCAGAAACCAACGUGCUGCCACUCCUGCCCCUCUGCCUGUCUGCCGCUCACUCUCUUUUGGGUGUCCACCCAUUUUCACGUCUGGAUGUGCUCAUCGUUCCUCCUGGCUUCUCCAGCCUGGGCAUGGCCAGCCCACACAUUAUCUUCCUGUCUCAGAGUGUGCUGGCGGGUGAGAGAGGCCUGUGUGGGGCGAGGUUGUGCCAUGAAAUCGCCCACUCCUGGUUUGGCUUGGCCAUCGGAGCGCGGGAUUGGACAGAGGAGUGGAUCAGUGAGGGCUUUGCCACCUACCUGGAGGACGUGUUCUGGGCCAAAGUCCAGCAGCUGGGUACCCGUGAGGAUGAAGAGCAGAGGCGGCUGAAGGCUCUGCUGCGUUGGAGGAGGCUGAAGGAUGAAUUGCAGAACUCGGAUGAGGAGCUGCAGGUCCUCAGGCCCAAUAAGGACACCACAGGAGAAGUCAGUGAGUCUGGAGCCUCUGUAGUGAAGCAUGCCCUCAACCCUGGAAAACCGUUCCUGCAAGUACACUACCUUAAGGGUUACUUUCUCCUGAAGUGUCUGGCUAGUAAGGUGGGUGAGGACGAGUUUUUGAGCUUCUUCAGACUUUUUGUGAGAAGAUUCCAUGGCCAACUUAUUUUGUCUCAGGAUUUCCUUCAGAUGUUUCUGGACACGUUCCCAGCUUUGAGCAGUCAAGGCCUCACCCUUGGAGCCAUUUAUUCGGACUGGCUGGAUACACCUGGAAUUCCGAAGUGGCUGGAAGAAAUCAGCUCGACAUGGACACACACUCAACCAGUCAAAGAAGUCAAAGAGGAGGUUGUAAAAUGGAUGCUCCUGAGUGGCGGUGUUGGAAAGGGCACCAAACGGAAGAGAGCGGAGCCCAAGGUGCACUUCAAAGAGAUGAGUCCAGAGCAGUUGGUCCUGCUGUUGGAGUUUCUGUUAGAAGAGGCGGAGCUUAGCGUGUCCUGUCUCAGCCUACUACAGACAACGUACAGCCUGCGGGACCAGGAUGCAGAGGUGAAGCAUCGUUGGUGCGAGCUGGUGGUCAAGCAUAAAUACACAGCCGCAUAUAGAGACGUGGAGAGCUUCCUCAUUCAUGACCAGGCGAUGGGCGUGUAUCUGUACGGUGAGUUGAUGCUUCAGGAAGACGGGCGUCAGCAGGCUCUAGCCCGACGCUGCCUGUCAGCCAUAAAAGACGACAUGGACCAAUCAGCACGCUGCGUGGUGGAGGAAAUGAUCUUCUAAUCCAGGAAGAGACAAGGGUCCAAGAUCAGGCUCCUCUUCAGUCUUUUAAGUGUGGAAUCAGCUCCAGGGAAUCCACACAAACGCACGGAUACUUGAAGUCACGACUAUUAACAUCUAUUUUCUUCUCAAAGAAGAAAGGUACCUUGUGCGCAUGAGACUAAGGAGACGGUUUCGCUUUGUUUAAAGGCAUUUUUGAAAAUCAGUCAGUUUUGAAACAUGACACAUGCAUUUUUCCCCUACCAGUUUUUAAGAAAAGGUUAAAAAUGCAAAGGGUGUGCAGCUCAAUGCGUUAUAAUCCAUCCAAAUGAAAGCAUCUGGUGAAGUAACAAAGUACAGCAUAGACUGUUCCAGGGCUCGAGGGGAGAAACCUACGGAGUCUCCUUCUCCCAGUCUGAUCUACAGCAGAAUCUGAUAAAUGGAAGCUGUUUGUGUUGAAAACAUGGCAUGAUGACUCAUAUUUUCAUGCAAAACAUGGUAUCUCUGCACCACUAAUACUGUCCUGCAGAUAUGACCAUUACAGACACAUCAAGGGGUCAGUUUUUGGUACUUUCUGCUGUCUUUGGAUGUUCUUGGGGGGUGAGGGGUUGUGUGUUGCUUUUAUUACAACUGUAAAGGUGCUGUAACAAUGUGUUAUGUAGCUGCACUUACGGUGCAACAUUAAAUAUAUCUGUCUAUUUUGAACCGCUGUGUAGCAUUUCGCAUUUUUUGUAGGACUUUUCCAUUCUUGUUUGUUACUGCUCUGAUUACAUACACUGUGACUGAUCUCGCUGAAUUUGAUCGCUUGUUUCGUCAUUAUUUCAUUCAAUUUUAAUUUGGACUGUUUUAUGUGAAACACUGAGGAUCAGGGAACCCAUAUGGAGCUACGUAAAUAAAGUUAAAUUGUCACAGGA